UCCCGGCGGCUUCCCCAAAUGUGAAGCUGAAAGAAAAAUAAAUUCCAAGUGGCUAACACCGUGUUCUGUGAGGCCCAGGGCUUGUUAGAUAACUGGGAUCCUCUGGCCCCACACUAGCCCAGCACCAUGGAAAGAAACAGUACCUUCUUCGACUCCGUCUGGGAAACUAUCCUGACCAGACACGAAAGAGGCGUCUUCAACACUGUCUGCUUGGCUGUGCUCCUGGGGCUGCCCCUGGUGGUGCUUCUCACCCUCUUCUUCAUCUGUUGCCAUUGCUGCUGUAGCCGGCCACCCAAGAGCAACCAACAGCCAGAACAGAACAAGAAGAAAAAGAAAAAGAAGAAGAAGAAGAAGAAGAAAGAUGAAGACCUCUGGAUCUCUGCUCAGCCCAAGCUCCUGCAGAUGGAGAAGAGGCCAUCACUGCCUGUCUAGUGAGCAAGGAAGCAGAGUGGAGCCAAACCUCUGUCCAACCACAGAGACUUAGAGGAGCCUUUAAAGUGAUGCAUUUACGCCCACAGAUUACUCAACCAAGGGACAGACUUCAGACUGAGCAUCCCAAUGGACCGAGUGUAUAGACAAUUCUUACACUGUCUUGGCAGCUAUGUGUCCGAUAACAGUGCUCUCUGGUGUAGCCCCCGGCGUGUGCUGUGGUUUCUGGUAUACUCUCUCACAAAAGCACAGAAAACAUGUAUACACGCAUCUUAGAUGGCAUUCAACUCUGUAUGUAUCAUAUGUAUGCACAUUUGGACAAUAGGUACAUGGGACAGGAUAUUCUAUUUAUCACGUGCCCCUGUAAUAUGUAUUUUGCUCAAAUAUACCUACCUGGAGAAAUGCCUUAUGGGAAGGCAUUCCAGUUUGGGUUCAUGUGCACAAUUAAGUAGCCAUGAUGCAAGUUGGCAUUAUGCACUGUCUGUAUGCCCCACAGGGUGGAGAUGGAUGCUUCCUGUUUCUAUUCCUACAUAGCAUUUACUGGAAAUGCAUUUGGACAUUCUAGGAACCUGGUACAGUCCCCACUUUGGUAUACAUUGAUACGGAUAGCAGGUGGCUUCUAUAUGCGCCUGACCUUUUUCCUGUACCUAAAAGUUUAAAGUAUGGCUCCAAAUCCACUCAAAGCUCUUUGCUUUCAAUUCACGACAAGGUCCUCAUUACCUCUGACAGCUGUUUAAUGGGGUCCCAGACCUCUCGGGGACAUUACCCCAUAACUACUCAGCAAGGUGCCCUUUUCUAAGCAGUGAUAAACAGCUCUUGGCAGUGACUAUGAGAAAGCUAUGGAAAUCUGCAUAUUCACUUCAUUGGACUGCAGGUGUGUACCCAUGAGAUGUAUAUGGAGAUAGAAAGGGUAAAGCAAUGGCCCACAGGAGCUAGCUAUAAUCCGUGUGACCAGGGCUUUCAGAAUGAAAACAAGUGAGAUCAUCCCAAGUCCAGUCUCAUAACCAGCACGCGCGCGUGUGCACACGUGCGCGCGCGCGCGCACACACACACACACACACACACACCACAACACACACCAGAAGCAAUGCCCUGUGCUUGCAGCAGUGCAGGAUGUGUCUCGGGUGGGAGGUAGAAGCCAUAGUUUAAAUGAAAGAUAAAACUGUAAAGAUAUUUGUUGUCAUUUAUGUUGAAGCUCAGGCACAUAGCUUGUACACAGUAGGUACUCAGAACUGUGGAUGGAUAUACAGUAAUGUUAAGGAUAAACUUGUAAUACCUCACAGGUCCCCCAAGUGACCUACUCAUUUAAGAGACCCCAUUAACUGCUCCAGAAGCUGAGACAAAGCACUGAGACCUGGGUGGUAUUGACAUAUGUGCUCUGUGGUACCUGAGGCCAUGCCAUAUUCUGAGUGGAGGAGAGCCCUCCCCCCCCCUCCAGUCUCCACAGGCUCGGAAAAAAAAAAAAACAAACAAAAAAAAACAAAAACAAAAAAAAACCAAAUUGCUUGGCAUUUUGAUUGUAUUGUGGCCGAGUUACAAAGGCAGAGAAUUCCCAGCUUGGAGGUGAUUACACUCUAACAGCUCAUUUGCACAUCUACUGGGGAGCGCUAUAAAUAUUGUCCCUACAGAGACCAUUAUAGACAGUGGAAAAAUCACUGUCUAAUUAAUGACAUAGCCAAAUUAUGACAUUAUAACAGCAAGAAAAAAAAUUCCUGGACUCGAUGAGACUGUGUGAAUGGAAGGUUGUACUCCACUUGUUCAGCUGGGCUGCCUGGUACUCAUGGUUCUACUCCGACUGUGCUCCAGGCCCCUGGAGGGUAGCUGCCUUGUGGUAGUUCACACACCUGGGUCAGUCACAUUCACUCAUUCAAUGUCACUAGGCACUCAGGCCUUCCACCCACGGGCCUCUCUGACCAAAGCAACACUUUCUGAUUCUCUACCCGCUUGCCACAUAGGGAGUUUGUUGUGGAUUACCUGGCUGUCCCCCACAUGUCACACAAUGGUCAGUCUUCUCCCCUUCUGUGCUACUUGGUACCCACCAGAUGUCCUUCCCACUUCUCUCAGUCACCCUAAGACAGAAGACUUGGGGGAAGAGGUGGAGACACAGCAGAGAUGGGAUGUCAGAUACAGUCUGCAAGGAUGGAUCACCAGGAUCAGGGACCAUACGAAUAACAUUGUUUCCGUGACAACUGGCUGCCAGUUUGAAUUAAGACAGAAGUCAGUUGUUACUGAUUGCCAUAGUGAAGCUUCUGUCUCCGGGCCCAGUGUACCUACUGCUUCCUGAUCAAAUAGACUUGAGCUAGUUCCUGUCACAAAACAUCCAGAAGGGCAAUUCCCAGUUGUUUCUGUAUCCUGGAAUCCAGGAGUCCCAACCCUGAUUGGAUCACACUGCCUGUCACAGACUGUCUGACAGCGGGGUCCAUGAUGUGAUAGGCCCUCCCACAGAUGCCAGGAGCAGAAGCCCAAAGUGGUGCUUGGUACUGCCUUCCUGCCUCACACCCUGCCAGUCCUUCUCGUGUUGCUUCUCCUUGCAUCAUACCAGGUCAUUCCUUUAGGACUUGACACAUUUUCCCCUCGCUCCAUCCCAGAGUUACCAUGGAUAUAGUCGUGGGGUAGGGUGCUUGGGACCUGUGCCUACCUGAUCCACCUAGGUAAGUUAAUGGAACCAAAGAGGCUGCAGGGGCUGGAGAAUGGCUCAGCAGUUAAAAGCGCUUGUUGCUUUUGUAGAAGACGCAGGUACCAAACAUGCUUGUGGUACGCAUGUAUACAUAGGCAAACCUCUCAUACACAUCAAAUAAAUCUCUUUUAAAAAUAGGAUCCACAAAAAUAGACCUUCUAAACUGGCAUGGACUUGGGCGUAGGGUUGUUCCCACCCACGGUGGACUUCUAAUCUGCCUUGGUCAUACUCAGAAACCAUCAGAGGGGUCUGUAUCCAUUGUUCUGUGGACUUUUUUGAUUUCUUGGGAGGAGGAAAAAGAACAAGAAAUUGUAAAGAAAAAGCAGUCACUUUUUUGAGAAGAAUAUAUAAAUGAUCCAAGCUGUACAGUACUUGUCAGUGUUUUGUUUCCUGUAAAAUUCAAAUACAUAUAAAAGUUUAUUUAAAUAAAUAUUUUGAAAAUGAAA